AUGUCUAAGGGAAAAGCAAGCCAAACUCAUUAUGACAAAUUGAUGGAGAUUUUUACAGGAUAUAAUGAUGUCUACAAUGCUUUGUACAGGCUGAAAACAAAUGACGAAGAAAAAUUAAACGCAAUUUACAAAAAAAUCAAACAAAACCUGAUUGACUCUUAUCAUAUUUCGCCUGGUGAAAUUGUCAAUAAAAUAUCCCAAGUUUCAAUUUAUAACAACCGCUACAUGAAGUCAUAUUUAGCGAUUGCCAAACAAAUUGUUGACGAAUACCAUCUAAAUCAGGUCAACGAAAUCAACAAAGUUUUUAAUUACCUUUUCUACAAAGAAUACAGUAUAGUAUUAGAUGAAAACGGGAAAAAUUUUUUUAACGAUUUUGAAGUUUCUCAUUAUACAGCUGAUAUUCACGAACAAAAAACAAUUCACAGAUCUAUUAUGGAUGAUGACAAAAUAUUAUUGAUAACCUUUACAGAAAGAGAAGGAUUUGAUAAAAAUCAAGAAUUAAAAAGUGAUUUAUAUCCAUAUUCAGCUGAAGGUCUUUCGUUACUUGAAUUAUGUUGUUAUCAUGGAUCUGUUGAUUGUUUUAAGUUUUUAAUAACAAAAUUUCAAUCAAUAAUCACUUCAGAAUGUCUUAUAUAUUCAUUUUUGGGUGGAAAUCCAGACAUUAUGAAUGAAUGCUUGAAAGUUAUAAUACCAGAUAAUCUAUGCAUGAAAUAUGCAAUUAUAUCACACAAUAUUGAUUUUGUCACGUUUUUGAUGAAUGAACACAACAUAAAAAUUAAUUUAGAAUUGUGCUCUCAAUACAAUAAUCUCCAAUCAUUUUUAGUUUAUUUGGACUAA